AUGGGCGUCAAGGGCCUCUGGAAGUUAUUAGAACCGUGCGGCCGUCGUAUUCAUGUCGAGACGCUCGAGAACACGACGCUCGCUGUUGAUGUCAGUAUCUGGAUGACACAAUUUGUGAAAGCGAUGCGUGACGAGGAAGGUAGACCGAUCAAAAACGCCCACGUCAUCGGCACGCUGCGGCGCGUCGCGAAGCUCCUCUAUCAUGGCGUGCGACCGGUCAUUGUGUUUGACGGCGGCGUCCCUGCUCUCAAGGAGCGGCUCAUCCGCCAGCGGCGCAUGCGGCGCGAGCGCCGCGAGGACGACGCGCGGUCCACCGCGAAGCGGCUCCUCGCCGCGCGGCUCCGCGCCGAGGCGUUGCGGAGGAAAGCCCCGGCCCAAAAUACUGAGGCGGCCUACGCGGGCGGCUUCGACCCGGGGAGCCAGGGCGAGGCCGCACCUACGAGGGCGCCGGCGCCGCGCCCCGCGCCCACGCAACCGUCACCAGAAUCGUCGUCGGACGACGACGACGACGACGGCUGCGAGUGGGAGCGCGGCGAGACCGCGGACGGUUUAGGGGUGGCGGCCGACGGCGACGCUUCCGCCGUCGACGUCGAGGCGCUCAUCGCCCUGCCGCCGGCCGUAAGGAAAGCAAGGGUCGAGGCCGUCAACCGCAAGCAGCGCGUCGCCGCGCGGCGGCGCUUGAUGCCUGUGGCCGGGGACGCCGACGAGUUCUCGGCGACGCAGCUCUCGUCGUUCCUGCAGGGCGCGACGUUCCGGCAGCGCGUCGAGCGGGCCCAGGCUGAAAGGGGAGACGACGACGCGCGCGGCGAGCGCAUCCACUCGGACCCCAAGCGGCGCUUCGUGCUGUUGCGCGACGAUGAAAACGGUCAGCAGGUCCGGGGCGGCGUCAAGGCGCGCAUGGAGCGGUUCCUGCAGGCGAACGACGAGGAGGUCGUUGAUGAUGACGAUGAUGAGGAUGACGCGCCGCCGACGUGCGCCGCGUGCGGCCGGCGGAAGAGUAGAUGCGCGUGCGCCCUGCGCCACGGCGCCUGCGCGCGGCGACCGGCGCCGCGGCCGCGGCCGACGCCGCAGACCGUCGUGCCGCUGCCGGGCCAGUCCAUCGACGAGGCCCUCGAGGAGGCCGAGCUCCGCUACGUCGAGGACUUCCCCGAGGAGUUCGCCGGGUCCGACGACGACGCGGCGCCGGCGCCGGCUCCCCUUGAUGAUGAUGGCGGCGGCGGCUUCUUCGUCGACGGCGAGGAGGAAGGCGGCGGCUUCGUCGCUGAGGACGACGACGGCGCGGCCGGCGGCGGCUUUUUCGCGGAGGAGGAGGAGGCCGCCGCGGCGCCCGCGCCCGCGGACGAGGGCGGCGGCGGCUUCAUCGUCGAAGAAGAGGAGGAGGACGCCGGCGCCGCGCCGGCGCCCGCGGCCGACGACGCGUCCGAGUCGAGCGACGACUGCGCCUGGGAGGCGGGCAACGCCGACGACGCCGCCGACGACGCCGCGGCGGCGGGCGUCGCCGUCGCCGUCCCGUGCGCCGACCCGGAGGCCUUCCGCGCGCGCCUCGCGGCGCUCGGCGACGCCGGGGCCGCGCCGCCGCCGCCGGUCGCCGCCGAGGCCGAGGACGAAGCCGACGAGGUCGACGAGGCCGCGAACCGCCAGGCGCUCGCAGCGGCGGCGCGCACGGCGUCGCAGAUGGCCGACUGGGCGGGCCGCGCGUUCCGGCGCGCGCUUGCUGACUCGGGGAGCGCGGAGCUGCUGGCACCGGCCGCCGCGCCCCCGGCGCCGGCCGCUGCGGUCCCGGCGCCGCGCGCCAUGGAGGUCGAGGCGCCCGCGCCCGCCGCGGAGCCGCCGGCGGACGCGGACGCGGACGGCGACGCCGACCUCGCCCGCGCGCUCGCCCUGUCGCGCGAGGCAGCGCCCGAGCCCGAGCCCGCCGCCCAGGCGCCGCCGGUCGUCGAGGCGCCGCCGCCCGCCCCGCGGCCCACCGAGCGGGAGCCUGAGCCCCCCGCGCCGCGGCCCGCCCCCGAGCCGGCGUCAGCGCCGCGCCCGCCGCCUAUGUCUCCCGCGGGGGCGCCGCCGCCCGCCGCCGCGCGGCCCACCGAACCGCCGCCUGCGGAGGUGCCACCGCCCGCGCCGCCGCCCACCGGCGCACAACUGCCCGCCGCCGCGCCUGAGCCGCCCGCGCCGCCCGCGGAGGAGCCACCGCCCGCCGAAGCGCCGCCGGCCGACGAUCACGACGACGACGCCUGGGCCCCGCACCGGAAGGCCGCGACGGAGGGCGGCUUCUACGAGGUCUGCCCCGACUUCGACGCGCAGCUCCAGUUCGCCCUCGACAACGCCCAGGAGGGCGACCUCGACGGCAUGGCGGCCGCCGCCGCCGCGGCCACGGACCCGCGCGAGCGGGCCGUCUACGCUUACGUCGUGGCCGCCGUGCGCGCCAAGUGCCCACAACAGCCACCUUCGUUCGCCGACGCCGCGCGCGCCGACGCGCUGGACCGAGAAGCGGCGCAAUUGCGGCGAGAGCUCGCGAGGUCAGCAAGGGACGCCGACAGCGUGACCGACGAGAUGCGCGAGGACGUCAUGGGUUUACUGGAUGAUCUCGGGGUGCCGUACAUCGUCGCUCCCAUGGAGGCCGAGGCGCAAUGUGCGGCUUUGGAACUUGCUGGAUUGGUAGAAGGCACGAUCACGGACGACAGCGACGCGUUCUGCUUCGGUGCCAAAAAGGUCUACAAGAACAUUUUCGACGACAAAAAGUUCGUCGAGGCGUAUUUUGCCGAGGACUGUCGAAGGGAGCUGAAGCUAGGUAGAUCUGAGUUCGUGUCAUUGGCUUUACUAUUAGGUGGCGACUAUGCGCACGGCGUGAAGGGCGUCGGCAUCGUGAAUGCGAUGGAGGUGCUGCAGGCGUUCCAUUUUCCCCAUGCUCAUUCGGAAAAUCAAGUCGACGCGUCGAUUUCAUCCCUUCGCAAGUUUGGGCGGUGGUUGGACGACGUGGGCAACACGCAACUCCAAGAUGCGCACGUGAAACGCUUCGCGAAGCGACAUCGGGCCGCUCGGUCGCGUUGGGAGGCGCCGCCCGCGUUUCCGAACCGCGAGGCCGCGAAGGCUUAUGUCGAGCCUCGAGUUGCUGAUGAGGACGAGUUAGCAAGGCAGCUGGGUAGAGAUAUAGAGGCGUGGGACCCGCAGUCGACGCAGCGCUUGUUCGACUGGCGCGAGCCCGACGAGAAGCGGUUACGAAAACGGUGCGCCUUGGAGCUGAACUGGGCGCCGUCGACGGCCGCCGCGGUGCUGGACCCGGUCUUCAAGCGGUGGGCGGAACGGAAGGCCGGUCGGCAGCGCCGCGUCGACGCGUUUUUUGAUUCGUACCACUCGAACAAGAAGAACGACACGCACGCAUCUAAAAGACUGCGGCGGGCCUUGGACGAGAGCGAGCCCGAGGCGCCUAAGCAGAAGAAGAAGCGGAAGCGGCGGGUCGUCGUGGAGUCGGAGGAGGAGGACGAGGAAGACGACUCACCGGCCCCGCCUAGGCCUAGGUCCUCGCGCGCGGCGGCGGCGAAGGCUGCUCGGCAGCUCGCCGAGGAGGAGGAGUCUGGCGACGAUUGA